AUGGAGUUGCCAUCAAUGAACGUUCCGUUCUCUAGAUAUUGUUGGGUGACUUUAACAAUUCAAGAUCACCUUCCCAUAGAUUCCUUUCGGUCACUCAAUCUUUCCAUAACCAACGACAACUACAGCGGCGGUGACUUGAAAGCUUACCCGGCGGAUUUUAAUGGAAUCCUUGCCGGUAAUUGGUUUACUUUUAGCCCGGUGACUUACAGUAUGAAACUACAGUAUAAUUACACGAAUGGAGCUGAAGAAGCCACUCGAGUCAGAGUGUACUGUAAAAGUCCUCUUCCAUAUUGGCUUCCAUACUGUGGCUAA